UAUGGGAAGUAAUAAUUUAUUUAUAAGGAAUCUAGAUUCAUGUUUUGAAAAAAGACCUGUAAUACCUAAAGAAAAGAGAACUUAUAAAGAAUUAGUAAUUGAGGCAUUAUAAAGUGGACCUUUAAUUUUAGCAUAAACAGAAUGCAUAAGUAAUUCAUAUAAUUAUAUGAUGUUAGUAAAUAUUGAUAUCGAUCCAUAACAUUCAAAAUUAAAUGAGAUGAUUAAAUUAGUGUAAUAUUAAUUGUAAUUGUUAGAUUAUAAGAAGAAAAAGAAAAAGAAUCAAAUUGUGAUGAUUUAAGUGAAAUGAGUGAAAGAGGCGAAGAAAACCUUGAUUUAGAACUUGGAGUAUGGAAGGUAUAAAAGCUUAGAAAGAGACUUUUCAGACACACAAAUUAUAUAGCUCAUCUAAAAAUAGACACAGAUGUAACAAUUAUUAUUCUAAAAUAGAUUACUCAAGAGAAUAUGAUUAAAAUAUAUUAAGAAUUGUAAUAUAUUAAUUUUCAAUAUUUUUAGAUUUUCUAUCCUUGCAUAAAAAAAUAUUUAAUAUGUUGUUAUGCCAUAAAUGUGGAUGGAUGAUCAUUAAUAUAAAGUAACUAUGAGAGAGAAUUCAGAUGCCUUAUUCGAUUAAUUGUUUACAUGGAGAAAUUAAGACUAAAAAUAUAGAGCCACUUUUAUAGUAUUUCACACAGAAACAGCUUAAGUAAUAUGAAAUUUACAAAAGGCAAUUUAAAUAGUGGAUUCGUUUUUAAUGACAUAUAACUAAUAUAAUCCAGUCAUUCUAGAAGAUCAAUCAGCCUAAUCAAAUCAUCUAAAUGAUGAAGAUGUUGAAGAAGAUUAAAAAAUGCUUCUAUGAAA